AUGCUAAUUAUUUUCUCGGUUGAUGCUCGUCAUCAUGGCGUUGGGCCUGUCAAAUACGCUUGGGAUCCUCAGGGUGAAUAUGUGGCAUCAUCAGGAACUUCUCGCGUUGUGCAUAUUUUUAGUAGACGAGGAAAACUCAUCGAUCAGAUUGUGCCGCCGUCGCCAAGUUUGUGUACGCUUUUGGAAUGGAGCAAUGAUGGUGAGAUCUUAGCUAUCGUGCAAGCAAAUUCGGCGUCACUGGUGUUGUGGGAUCCUAAGAAAAUCCAGCACCAUCAGCUCGUGGAAUUACCAUGCAAGGAUAUCAGUUUUAUCAAGUGGUCCAAAUCCCCAGGCUCGCUGCUGCUCGCUAUUGGUACCAACCGGGGCCAAGUUUACAUUUACGACUACUCAAAGGGUACGAAGAGACAAGUUACGAGCAAGCACAAACGUCGAAUUUUAUGUGGUGAUUGGAAUCUGAAAGAUAAAUUUGCCUUUGGAUCGGAAGAUCGGCAGAUUACGAUUUGUCUCCCUUCUGGUCGGACAUUUGAUCAAGUCAAGAUCAAAGCGUCACCACAAAGUGUUACGUUUGGUGGCAAAAGUGAAGACAAAGAUGCAAUUUUAUCUGUCAAUAUGGGUGGAAAAACAAUAUUAUUGUACGAUUUGAACGAGAGAGAGAACGCUCUGGAACUGGCGUUUCAGGCGCGUUAUGGUAGUAUCGUGUCAUAUCAAUGGUUUGGUAAUGGCUACAUCAUUGCUGGAUUCUCGUCAGGGUAUGUUGUGAUCAUUUCAACGCAUAUAAACGAAAUUGGUCAAGAGCAAUAUUGUGCGAAAUUUCACGAACAUUCUCUGCGUGAGAUUGUAUACAGUGAGGCGAAUGGAACUGUGGCCACUUGUGGAGACAACUGUAUUAAAGUAGUGCGCAUGAGUGACUGGAAAGAAAUUGCUGUUGAGUAUCUUGACAGCGAAAGUACAGCUCCGUUUACUUCAAAUACAACGAACCCCCCAACGUCAUCGUCUUCAACGCAAACGGAUCUUGCUGGACCUACUAGUUCAGCCAGUGGCUCAGCGCAAUCCCCUUCUUCCACUUUUGAAGAUCUCAAGUGCACAGCCGACGGUCGUGUUUUGAGCAUUAGCUCGCACAAUGGCUGUCUACAUAGCUUUAUGAUCCUCAACAUGUCACUACAGUCAUCAUUGUUUCAUCCUGAUUCGACUUUAGCUGCUGUGAUGAAGCCAAUAGCUCCUUGGACAUUGUUUUUUACAUUGGGAUACAUGGCCAUCGCCACAUUAUUUCUCAUCAGCUUAAGGUUUGACGUUUCAUGCUGGGAUGUGAUCCGCAGUAUGACGGGCUUUGUUGAAGGCUUUUAA